AUGGAAUAUUGGGAUGAUAAGGGAUUGAGUAGAAUUGCUAGUAAGAUAGGUGUGCCACUGUUUAUGGAUUAUCUGACCUCCUCUAGUAAUAGGAUUUCUUUUGCUAGGGUAUGUUUAGAAAUUAAUGUAGACUCUGAGUUGCCACAACAUUUCUUUGUUAGAUGUGAGGAGGAAGUAGUUGAAAUCAAAGUAGAAUAUCAGGGGAUCCCAACAAGUGCAAACACUGCUAAAGGGAAGAACAAGAUUGGUGAAUCUGAUGAAACUGUAUGUAGCCAACCUGUGGAACAUACAUCUCCACCAGACACACUAGGAGACCCAAUCAUGGUUGAAGAGCAGAGGGAGUUAGAGGAAACAGAGGAGGUUUUGGAAACAGAGGAGGAAUUACUGGCAUCUAUGGUUGUCAAAAUGAACUCAUCCCAUAAGCAAGCUAGGCAGAAAGAUGUUACUUCAAGUGGCAAAUCCUCUAGUAAUUCCAACAACCAGAGGAAGAAGAAGAGAGGUUUCAAUGAAUCCUCUAAAAUAAAAGAAGUGAGGAAUUUUGUGCUGAAAAAUGAUAUCGAAGUCAUGGGUCUUUUGAAAAUAAAAAUUAAACCCUCUAGGGAAAAGAAAGUUUUUGAUAAUUUUUUAUCAAAUUGGGGUUUUUUGUCUAAUUCACUAACUGAUGGAAAAGCUAGAGUGUGGGUUUGCUGGGACCCAACUUUUUGUGAUAUCCAAUGCAUUAAAAUGUCUAGUCAGUAUAUCUUUUGCAAAAUCAUUAUUUUAGAUGGGGAUAUCAAGCUCUAUGGUCUUUUUGUGUAUGCUGAAAAUAAACAUGUUUUGAGGGUUCCCUUGUUCAAAGAUAUUCUUGCUCUUUCCUCUAAUUGUUCUUGUUCACCUCUUGUGUGUUUGGGGGAUUUUAAUUCUAUUAGAUGCCCAACUGAGAAAGUUGGGGGUUCCUCUUCCUGGAUUGGUCCUAAAGAGGAGUUUAACACUUGUAUUUUGUUUGCUGAGCUCACUGAUCUGUCUCAUACAGGCUGCCAAUUUACUUGGGCCAAUAAAAGAGGGGAUGGUGCCUUUAUUACUUCUAAGCUGGACAGGGCUCUUGUGAUUGAAUCUUGGCUCACAACCUUUCCUCACUCCUCUGCUAUUUUUUUGCCAUCUGGUAUCUCUGACGACUUCCCCUGUGUUGUUGAUCUUAACCCCCUAGCUAAGAGUUUUGUUAAACCUUUUAAAUUCUUUGAUUUUUUGAGGGAUCAUGAGGAUUUCAUUCCUAGUGUUUCUUCGGUAUGGUGUAAGCUUUUGAGGGGCUCUCCUAUGUUUAGAAUUUUCCAAAAGUUGAAAGCCAUCAAGCCUGUUCUGAAGGCUUUUAACAAGAGAGAGUAUAGUGAGAUUUCUACCCGGGUCAAUCAUGCUAAGUCUACUUUGGAGAAUGCUCAAAUCAAGCUCGAUAAGGACCCUCUGAAUACUGUCCUUCAAAACCUUGAGAGGGAUGCUUAUAGUAAAUAUGUUGACUUGAGUAAAGUUGAGAAGGGUCUCUUUCAUCAGAAAUCUAGAAUUCAGUGGCUUGGUCUUGGGGAUAGGAAUACUAGAUUUUUCUUCAGGAAUGUGAAAGGUAAUACUAAUAUGAAUAAAAUUAACAGUGUUACUCUUAAUUCUGGGGAGAAGCUUUCGAAGUUUGGAAAUGUUAGUGCUGCUUUUGUACAGAAUUUCUCUAAUCUGUUUGGCGCUCCUUUUGGUAAUGUUUAUAAUGGGCUGGAUAGGUUACAAUCCCUUGUUGAUAGGAGAGUUACUUCUUCCCAGUUUGAGAUGUUAUCUAAGGAGGUUACUGACCAGGAGAUCAAAGAUACUUUUUGGUCUCUUAAAGCGAAUAAGGCCUUGGGUCCUGAUGGGUUCCCUGCUAGUUUCUUUAGGAAAGCUUGGGAUGUUGUGGGUAAGGAUGUUGUCACAGCUAUUAAAUCUUUUUUCACCUCCAGGGAGCUUCUCCAGGAAAUUAACAACACCAUGAUUGCUUUGGUGCCUAAAGUUCCAAACCCGUCCAAACUUGGGGACUAUCGGCCCAUAUCUUGUUGUAAUACCAUCUAUAAGUGUAUUGCUAAGAUCAUAGCAAAUAGCCUUAAAAUGAUCAUUCCGGAUCUUGUUGACCCUGUCCAGUCUGCUUUUGUCCAAGGGAGGAGAAUUUCGGACAAUAUUUUUUUGUCCCAAGAGUUGAUGAGAGGUUACCAUAGGAAUUCUUCUACGCCUAGGUGUACCAUGAAAGUGGAUAUCAUAAAGGCUUAUGACAAUGUGAGGUGGGAUUUCAUGAUUGAUGUCCUUAGGGCUAUGGGUUUCCCUCCUUGCUUUAUCCACUGGAUCCGGGCUUUUGAUCUUAUGAUCUUCUGUAAAGGGGAUACCUUCACUGUCCGGGCUAUUAAGAAGAGCCUUGUCGAAUUCCAAACCCUCUCGGGUCUCUCUCCUAGUCCCAACAAGAGCCAUGUCUUCUUCUCUGGGUGUGAGAAGAAGUUAAGAGAUGAUAUUAUGAAUAUUUUGCAAUUCCCUAAGGGUUUCCUCCCUAUUAGAUACCUUGGGGUCCCCCUCAUUGCGUCUAAGCUUAAGGCCUGUGAUUGUAAGCAACUUGUUGAGAGAAUUACCAAACGGAUUAAGAGCUGGACCAACAAAUGUCUCUCAUAUGCUGGUAGUUUGCAACUGAUCCAAUCCAUCAUUUUCUCUAUGCAAGUCUAUUGGGCCUCUCUCUUUAUACUUUCCAGAAAGGUUGUGAAAGAGAUUGAGAGUCUGUUUGGAUCCUUUCUUUGGUCUGGGAGUGAUCUUAAGAAGCAUGAGGCUAGGGUCUAUUGGGAUAAGGUUUGUUCCCCUAAGAAGGAGUGGGGCUUGGGUCUCAUAUCUAUGGAGGUGUGGAAUAGGGCUACUAUUGCUAAGCAUGCCUGGUUCUUAUUUUCUAGGGGUGAGCAAUCUAUGUGGUGUCAAUGGGUCAAAUCUUAUUUGUUAAAGGGUAGAAGUUUCUGGAAAAUCAAAGUGCCAUCAGACUCCUCUUGGGUUUGGAGGAAAAUCUUGGGGCUUAGACCCAUUAUUUAUCCUCACAUGAAGUAUAUUGUUGGGGAUGGUCAAAGGAUUUUCCUUGGGUAUGACAAUUGGCACCCCCUUGGCUCUCUUUGGGCUAAGUUUGGGGAAAGGAUCAUGUAUAAUUCUGCUCUUAAUGGGGAGUCUAAGGUUAGUAGGAUUAUAUCCAAUCUCUCUUGGAAGUGGCCUUUUUUCCAUACAGCGGAUAUCUGUGAGCUGAUUCAGUCCACUCCUCAUACUUUUAUCCCUGGCAGUGGGCGUGAUAAGCUUAUUUGGAUUCCAUCUUCUAAUGGGGAAUUUUCUAUCAAAUCUGCUUGGAAUGCUUGGAGGCUCUCUUUUGAUAAGAAAGUUUGGCUAAAUGUGAAAGAUAAAUUAAAUGUGGCUUGGCCUGUGAUACAAUGGCCUGACCUGGUUUCUCAUAUUAGCAAAACUGUUAAAGGUAUGUCUCUUGGUUCCAUAAUUUCUAGGCUUGGUUUCACCUGCUCUGUUUAUCUCAUUUGGCUUGAAAGGAAUAAUAGAAUUUUCACCACAGAGAAAAUCCCUGAAGAAGUUGUUACCUUGAAUAUUUUUAAUAUGAUCAGGUUCAAGGGGAUAUCAGAUUCUAUUCUCAAAAUAGUCACAGUGACAAAGCUUAUAGCUUGUGCUGAUAUGUCUGCAAUUUGUGUCUACUAUCUGUCUGCUGCACGCUGUGGAAAACUAGUUUAG